UUGUCUUUUUCAGGUUUUAACACUAUUAACAUGAGAAAUCAGUGCUUUUGGAUCAGUGUGGGUUUGUGUGGGACCUUUGUGAGAUGUAGGGCUAAGCUUCGUGACUACAGCAGCGUCAGGGAUGUCGAGGGUGAGAUUUAAGCUCACAUAGGCGACUUCUUCUUCUUUAUUUAGAAUUACAGUUCUCAAUUACAGGCGAAUAGAACAGAAAGGAUGUUUAUGUUUAUGGUCACGUGGUCACCCUCUGAAACAUGGUGUGCUUCCAGUCAGAAUGAAUGAACACAUUAUGGGUAUUGAGCUUUUUUUUUUUUUUCCUGGAGAUUGUGGCUAUUAAUGUAACUGCUCAGAGAAAUAGAUGGCAUGGUGCUCUCUGGAAUAUAGUAUGAAGUCUGUUCUAAUUGUAUUUCAAGGCAAAGAUCACUGUAUAUAGGCUACAUCAUAAAUGAUUAAUAUCACUGUCAUAUUUUAGCAGAUUAAUUCAGGCCCCAGUACUAUUUCCAGAGGUGCUUAUAGUCAGUCAUUAAAAUCAAACGCGUGAAAUCUUUUUUCUUCUCCUUUAAUUCGCUAUUUAUAUUUGCUUUGCCUGCUGUCAGUCUCUAGUGCUGCCUUUUUAAGCUACAAGGAUGAGGACACUCGUCCAAUUAUUUUCCAAUUACUGAGGAAUACCGGGAGACCACGAGACUCUUAUGCCAUAGUGACGUCAGCAACUUUGAUCCGUCACCGACCGAUUUCCCUCUUCAUCACCGUCCGUGUCGCCACAUGACGUCAUACCGCAUAUGAGGAGGUUACAGUCAGAGCUGGGAGAGAACUAUAUCCUGCUAACACUGGCAGAGUUUGUCACGAUUUGCUUAAGACCCCUGAUUUGCUUUAGGAAAGGCUGGUUCUUGAAGGACAUUAUCACUCUAAGCCAUGGGAAAGGAUUACUACAAGAUCCUGGGCAUUCAGUCUGGUGCCAAUGAGGAGGAGAUCAAAAAGGCCUACAGGAGGAUGGCCCUCAAGUUCCAUCCAGAUAAAAACAAGGAUCCUAAUGCAGAAGAAAAAUUCAAAGAAAUAGCAGAGGCAUAUGAAGUCCUGAGUGACCCAAAGAAGAAGGCUAUUUAUGACCAGUAUGGAGAGGAUGGACUCAAAAGUGGAGGAACUGGCUCAUCUAGUGGACCAGGGACUACAUAUCACUACACCUUCCAUGGAGAUCCACACGCCACAUUUGCAUCUUUCUUUGGUGGCUCUAACCCCUUUGAUAUUUUCUUUGGCUCUGGACGUCAUUGGAACACCAGCAAUGGUGCUGGAGACCAUGAUAUGGACAUUGACAUGGAUGGAGAUGAUGACCCAUUCAGCUCCUUCAGCCACUUUGGCUUCAAUGGUCUCAAUGGGUUCCAUCGUGGGGUAGGUCGAAGACCUCGUAAUGAAUCUUUGCACAGCAGCAGCAACACCAGGAGGAAGGUACAGGAUCCUCCUGUGGUACACGAGCUGCGGGUAUCUCUGGAGGAAAUCUUCCAUGGAUGUACUAAACGCAUGCGCAUUACUCGCCGCCGCCUCAACCCAGAUGGAAGAACAAUGCGGACAGAAGACAAGAUCCUUAAUAUUGUCAUCAAGAGAGGCUGGAAAGAAGGGACCAAGAUCACCUUCCCUAAGGAGGGCGAUGAGACACCUGAGAACAUUCCGGCCGAUAUUGUGUUUGUGCUCAAAGACAAGGGGCAUCCGCACUUCAAGAGGGAUGGCUCCAACAUCAUAUACUCUGCCAACGUCAGUCUUAAGGAGGCCCUGUGUGGUUGCACGGUGAACAUUCCUACCCUAGAGAACAAGGUUAUUACGCUGCCCUGCAACGACAUCAUUAAACCAGGAAUCAUAAAGAGACUUCGGGGUGAGGGUUUGCCUUUACCUAAGAGUCCAUCCCAGCGCGGGGACAUGAUAGUGGAAUUCAAGGUGCGCUUUCCGGACAGGAUACCUCCUCAGUCCAAAGAAAUCAUCAAACAGCACUUACCCCAGUCUUAAAGCCAUUUAAUCGGAUUUAUCAUCAUUUCUAUUUUAAGAUAAACAUUACCUUUCACAAACAUUAAUAACGAUCCAGAUGAAUGGAAAAUGUGCAAGAAGGACCGCAAGUCAACUUCAUAUUUUGUUACCCUUUUUAUCAUAUUUUGCCCUUUUGAGAGCAGGUGGAAAAAAUGACUUUCUGAAGAAAAAAAGAAGAUUUUCUAAGCAGUUUGCUACCUUGAAGCCUAUGGCUUUCAUCCAUGACCUUUUUCAUAUUCUACACAAUUUUUUCACUCCAUUACUUUGAGGCAAAAGGGAAAGAAUAAAUUCCUACUAUAUUUAAAGAAAGCUUAAUGUGGAUGAUGGAUGCUAUGCUUGUUUCGCAGACAGUACUGCUUAUUUGUUUUACCUCUUACAUGUUUUCCCUUCUUUAGUCUAGUUUAAAUUUGAAUUUUGGAUAAAGCAGAAUUUAGGACAACCCUUUAGGUCCUUUAGAGUGAUGGGCUGCCUUUAGCACCAGCAAGUUCGAUAGAAACCAUUUGAUACAUUUUUACUCUCAGAACCAACCCAGCAGUCUAAAGGUGCUUUGUUCUCUGUGACCAGAUUAUUAGGUGCUGUCGCUCAUUGCAAGUCUUUAAUGGUGUGAUCACAGAAUCUUGAGUGCCUUAAUAUGGCUCCAACUAGCUAGAUUUUAGCGCCAGGUGAUGUAAUGAAAAGACCAGUGUUUUCACCUCAACCAAGGCCUAUUAUGGUACUGUAUACACCACUGAAUAAGCAAUUAUUAUUAUGUCAUUGCCUGCUCUGGCAGUCCUUUAGAGCCCUGUUUUUAUUUGCUCAUGUGCUGAUUUCAUGUACUGUGAUUGGUAGAUUUUGACUUUGACAUUCUGUUGAUUGUGUUACACUAUUUAAACAUUAUUUCAGGAGUCCCUUAUAAGCAUUUAUAAAGGCUUUAUUACUCUGACCCCAUGCCAGACAUUUCUUUAAAAUACAUCCCUGAUAGACUUUGUUAGACAAUCAUAAAGCUUUCAUGGUAGGUUAAAGAAAGAUUUGAAAGUGAACAUUAAGCAGUGUACAGAGUUGAAAUUAACUUGUUAAGGAUUCAUUGUAGCUGUAUAUAAAAGCUUCCUUGAAACUCACAAGAGCACUUUCAGAAAACUGUGAAGUCAGAAGAUGAUGUUUAAGGUUAAGGUAAGUUGUAAACAUGUAUCACAUACUGUAUGUAUACUGUUCAGUGCACACAACUGUGGUUAAAAAAAUAUUAGUUGCAAAUAAGUAUAUGCACAUGAUAAAGUGGAUGGAGACAUUUUUUAAGUUUUAGUAUGACUGAUGACACUUUACUAUUUUAGAUGUGCACAAUUUAUAGCUACAGUUUUCUCUUGUUACAGCAAAGAUUUCUAUACAUUUGUAUCCCUCUAAAGGAAUUUUUGAUGUAUUGCCUUUUAGCAAUAUAGCCAACAUUUGAGUGACAGUGUUUUUUUUUUUUCUAUGAACAAUCAAGCGUGAACCCACAUGUCUCUCUUAUAGAAUCAGAACUUAUUCUCAAACAACAUGAAACAUUUGAAAUGUGCCAAGAAUUUUGGGCCUGCCAAAGAACGCACAGUUACCACAGAAGGCUCCUGGCAUGAGUUUACCUCUUCAUGUCUGACACUAGGAUUCUUGCUUGAUAUGUUUUAUUUUAGGUCAUUUUUACACCUAUGUUAUUUAUGUAUUCUUUAAUGUAAUGAUGUUGCAUUGAACAUUUGGCCGCUGUCUUUAUACUCUAUUAAAGUAAAUCCAGCUUGCUAACUGGGAUGGUAAAAGGGCUUAGCAAGUGAAACUCAGUACGAGUGAAACAGUGUGUUAGUGUACUGUGAUUUUAAACAGUGUUGAGGCCUUUUGGACUGAUGCUUUGGCAGGGCUGAAGCUUGUUCUGAAUGUGCUGUUUUUUAUUUUUAGUAGUAAGGCUAAACUAUGUACCUUUUUGUUGUAAAGGCAAGAAAUAAACCACAAAUCAUGACUUUA